CCUAGCCCAAGGAGAGGCGGUUUAGCUUCCCCGGCGCUCUGUCUGGUGGUGCCGGCAGGAGACGUCAGUUUGCAACCUGCGCCCGCCCGCCCUCUCCCAUUGCUGCAGCGGUAGCGUCCUCCCCGCCUCCUCUUCGUCGGGUCCUUGCGAAGGAGGGAAGGGAGAGAGUGUGAGGCAGAGCGCGCCGCCGGCUUACUCCCCUGCCGUGCUAGAGCAACCUCCGGUGGGUGCCGCCGCCGCACCCCCUCUUCCUCGGUACCAGAACCGCCUCCUUUCUCCGCUUCCUAUUUCUGAAGGCUCUUCGGAGAGGCAGGAGGUCUCCCAACCCGGCCCCGGGCGGCGCGUCCCGGUUCUUGGGUCUGCUGCUUCUCUUCCAUCCAUCGCUCGCUCCCUCCCUCCCGCUCACCUCUCCAGCCCUGCCCGGUGCCGCUGAGGAGGCGCAGGAGAAACAUGGCGAAAACCGAGCAGGUCCUGAGUCUGGAACCGCAGCACGAGCUCAAAUUCAAAGGCCCCUUCACAGACGUCGUUACCACAAAUCUGAAACUUGGCAACCCUACAGACAGAAACGUUUGUUUCAAAGUGAAGACUACAGCACCACGCAGGUACUGCGUAAGGCCCAACAGUGGGAUUAUAGAUGCGGGAACGUCAAUUAAUGUUUCCGUGAUGCUACAGCCUUUUGAUUAUGACCCUAAUGAGAAAAGUAAACACAAGUUCAUGGUUCAGUCGAUGUUUGCACCAACUGACACUUCAGACAUGGAAGCAGUAUGGAAAGAAGCAAAACCAGAAGAACUCAUGGAUUCAAAACUUAGAUGUGUGUUCGAGCUGCCAGCAGAAAAUGAUAAACCCCAUGAUGUAGAAAUAAAUAAAAUUAUAACCACAGCUGCAACAAAGACAGAAUCUUCUGCAAUGUAUAAAUCAUUAAGUUCUUCUUGGGAUGACAGUGAAGUUAAGAAAGUAAUGGAAGAAUGCAAGAGGCUUCAGUUAGAAGUUCAGAGGUUACGAGAGGAGAAUAAACAAUAUAAGGAAGAAGAUGGUCUGCGGAUGAGGAAGGCACCCCAAACAAACCACCCAAUCUCUGCUUCGGCAACUGUUGUGAAGGAGGAGGGCCUCAGUGCUAGACUACUCGCCCUGGUGGUUUUGUUCUUUAUUGUUGGUGUAAUUAUAGGGAAAAUUGCCUUGUAGAGGCAGCAUGCAGAGGAUUGUAAAUUGGAUUGAUGGAUCUGCCAUAUCAUUGGAUUAAAUUUAUUCAUAACAAACGUUUAAAAGAAAUGUAUGACAUCUCACAGGUCUUGCCUUUUAAAUUUUUACCCCUGCACAAAUAUAACAUUAACAUAACAUAAUCUUCUAGAAAGUUUAAAAUGUACAAGGAUUAAAGCAGGAGAAGAGAGAGUAAACUAUCUUUAUGGUGAGCAAUGAGGAAGAAAUCAUGAAUUUAACACUAUAAUGGUGCGAUUUUUUGGUUUUUUAAAAGUAACUUUACAUCUUUUUUCUUUUUUUUUUUUUUUUGGACCUUGGUCCAUAUUACUGGACUUUUCUUCUUUGGAGGAAAAAGUGUUCCUCCACUGAAGCAGUUGGUCCUUUGGGUUAUUUAGAGAUUGAGCUAGGCAGGCGAGGUUAAUGGUUUUCCAUACAAUAUAUUAACCCACUAUUUCCCCUCAUAAAUAAGUCCUGUCGAGUGGAUGUGACUUGGGUCCCAUUCUCAGCAGUGUAACUCUCGUAAGCAGCUGUUACGAUGCACCCCGAAUUGUAAGCAUGGCGCUACCUCUCUAGGUCCUGAGUCAUUCACGGCCCCUGUGGACAGUGCAGCUGUGGAGGGCCAGAACUCGGGGAGGAAAGGGGAUGACCAGGAAGAGAGGAGGUAUGGCGUAGGGUCACACCCCUGAAGGGAACCAGCAGCAUUUGGCUAGAGAGCCAGAGGGUGUUUCUGCCCUUGGUCCUAGCCGGCCUGUGUCCAGCAAAGGUGUAACCAAAAUCUUCUUGGAAUUGGGGCGCUGUCCUGUAAGAUAGAGCAGGAGGAAUGGAAGGGUGGGGGUCGGCAGCAUGCCUUUUGCUCUCCGCGAGGGAAUUACAGUGUGGGUUUGGAAAGCUAGGGAGCCACUCUUUAGCCUUGGUCAGUUGUUGCACCGAAGUGCUCCUGGUUGAACUGGGGAUGCAGCUCCCAUUUAAUCGGGUGUUGUAGAAAAGACAAGCGGUGUGAGCCAUUGCAUUGUGUACCCUCAGCCCCUCCCCUCUUGCUGCGGUCAAGUAGCUUCCUUCUGUCUGUCUGUCCUGCUCCAGAUGGCAUUGUGUUAAUGUUAAUGGGGACCACAUGCCUCUGCCUCCUUUGUCACGCCCUUCUUAUUGCAUCUUCGGAAGUCCUUUUCCUCCUCAUUGCUUGCACCCAUGACAAAUUCCCACAUGCUUAACUGCACACUGCAUUGUCCGUGUGUUGUCUCUUGUAUAACCUUGUUUUUCCUAUCUAGCCAUUACCUUCUCAUUAAGCUUUUGCAGAUCAGGUCUCUUGUCCUGAACCAAAUGAAAGGCAAUUAGGGAUUCAGUCUUCUGGAUCCAAGGAACUUGUUCUGUGUGCUCACCAGCUGCAGAUCUUGGUUCAACAUCUGCUGUGCUCUCCCAUCUCUCCCCAGAAACUUCUCUAAACAGUCUAGCUAGAGAGAGGAUGAUAUGCUCACUCUUUGUUGAUGUCCAGGACGGUGCUGUCUCCAGGGAGGUAAAGUGUCUCGGACUACAACCCAUGGUGGGAAAGAGAGAUGAGAAUCCAGGGAUGUGUGCACAGAACUCAUUGCUUAAGACCAGGAGCUCCAUCCACAUAACUUAGUUGCCUUGUUUGUGGGUGGAGCAGACUAUAUGAAAGUAGGUUUAGAGACGCAGCAUCAGGAUCUCCCACUGCUGUUACCUAAACUGAUUUCUGGAUACUUAAGCAGUGAAAAACUGUAAGAAACUGAAUGCAGCUCCGUUGACUGAUUGAAAGGCACCGCUGGACAGUCAUCUGCAUGCUAGGUUGUAAGGAAUGAAGGACAGCGCCCUGUUCUUCUAAAAGGGGACCAAGCUACUGUUGCUGUUGGUUCAUUUAGCUGAGUUAAAUUCUUUCUAUUCAGAUGUUUAAUGCAUAUUUAACUUAUUUAAAUGUAUUUCAUCUCAUGUUUUCCUUAUCGUCGCAGAAAUCUGACUACCGCUAUAAUUGGUUCAAAAGAAAGAGAAAGGCAAGAGAAAGUUCAUCAAGAGAAAGCUGAUGAACUGAACUAAAUUUUCCUUUUGUUGCUGUAGUGAUGAUGGAUUCUUCUGCCUCCUAAUGCUUUGGGCGCCAUGUAACUGUCAGUUUUGAUCAUCUAAACAUUGGGGAAAACAGAGGUCAGGAAACUGUUUUUGUAUAUAAAAUAAGUCUAUGUAGGGGAAAAAAAUUAGUAGGAAUUAGUUCUAUGCUGUUAAAGACAAAAGACCAAUCCUGUUUGACUAUGUAGCAUCUUUAAAAAAAAGUCGAAUAAAUCUCCCCCCAAAUUA